AUGGCUCUCCCCACCAACACCGAUAAGAUCACCUACAUCCCCGCCGAAGACAUCGACAAGGUCUUUGCGCACACCACCAACCUCGCCUCCUCCGCCCUUAACUCGAAAGUCCUCGCCUGCUCGGACGAGUACUUUGCCGCCGCCUCCAACCUCCUCACACCCACACCCCCGAUCAACCGCCCCGGCGUCUUCAUUCACACAGGCGCUUGGUACGAUGGCUGGGAAACCCGCCGCCACAACCCGGAGCCCUACGACUGGGUCGUCAUCAAGCUCGGCGUCGCCAGUGGCGCCAUUCAGGGCGUCGAGAUUGACACCGGCUUCUUCACCGGUAACUAUGGCGAAAAGGCAGAGCUGCAGGCUACAUAUGCCCCUGGCGCCUCAGACGCUGAACUCUCAGACCCCAACUAUAAGGGAUGGACCACCAUUCUCCCCGCGCAGCCCUUGGGCCCGGCCCAGCGUCGCGCGUGGAAGUUUAACGACUUUGACCCAGCAAACCCUACUCCAUAUAGCCACGUCCGACUGUUGAUGCUGCCGGACGGCGGAGUAGGACGAUUGAGGCUCCAUGGAAACGCGAUACCUCCGAGACUCGAAGUUUCGUCCGCUGAACUCCCAGUAGAGGAGCUCUCGUCCGCGCUCCUCGGGGGUCAGGCUCUCGCCGCCUCAGACCAACACUACACCCCCUGCUCGAACCUGCUCCUGCCAGGCCGGGGCAAGGACAUGGGCGACGGCUGGGAAACAGCACGCUCACGCACACCAGGUCAUGUCGACUGGGCGAUUAUCAGACUCGGUCUCCCGGGUUCCGUCUCAAAGAUUGUUGUCGACACAAAGGACUUCCGUGGGAACUUCCCAAGCGCUGUGCGCGUUCACGGACUGGUUGAGGGAUCUGUUAAGGGCGACGAGGUUCCUUCUCAUGACCAUGAGGGCUGGGUCGAACUGCUCAGCGGCGCCAAGCCCUGCGCGGCUGAUACAGAGCACAUCUUCGAGGGUGCCGAUCUGGCUGCUGGGGGUGAAGAUACGAGGACCUUCACGCAUGUAAAGCUCACGCUGAUUCCUGAUGGGGGUGUAAAGCGCUUCCGCGUCGCGGGGAGAAGAAAAUAA